ACCGGCCACCGGCUCCUGUUAAUGUGUCCGUCAUGCAUCUGCGAGCCGACUCUGCAACUGUAUCCUGGGAAGUUCCAGAGGGAGAUAUAAUAAUCGGCUUUUCGAUCUCACAACAGAGGCAGGAAGGACACGUGCAACGAUUCAUUCGAGAAGUCAACACCACCAGCCGCUCUUGUGUCCUCUGGGACUUGGACGAGGAGACAGACUACAUCAUCCAGGUCCAGUCAAUCGGCCUUUAUGGGGAGAGCCAAGCCAGCAAGAAGGUCCAUUUUCGAACCCUCAAAAAGACAGAUCACUUCCCCUCCAAUGGCUCCAACCAAGAUGACCCCACUGUGCAGGGCCUGGAUAAGUCCCGACAUCUACAAACAGGAGAGAUGAUCAUCAUCGUGGUGGUCCUGGUCAUGUGGGCAGUCCCCCACCCUGAGAUCCUAAGAGGCAUCGCUGCUGGUCGUUCCAAGGUCCAGAUUCAAACACAAAGGAGACAGAGCCUUUGCUGUCAGAGCUCCUGGACGUUUGAACAACCUCCCUGA